AUGAAUGCUGAACAACUGUACUAUAUUUCUAAGAAUCAAUUUCAAAAACUCCGAGUUGAUUUUGUAAAAUAUUUGGACGAUAUAGAUUCAUUUUUAGAUGAAGCUUUAGCCAAUGGUUUAUUGACUGAGAACAAUAUAGAUGGAAUAAUGUCUGAAAGAGAUUCUAACAAUCAGAAGCGACGGUUACACAAUAUCCUACAUAAGAAACUACCAGAUGGGUCCCGUGAAUUUGUGUCGGCUUUGAAAAAGUCAGAACAUAAUGAAAUACUCAAACUAUUAGACGAGCAGACAGUCUACCCGAUGAAAUUCAAAACACAUGGCCGUGUUAUAUUAAUAAAUAAUGGGAAAUUUGACGAUGAGGAGAAGUACCAGGAAAGGUUCGGAAGUGAAAAGGAUGUGGAGGGUAUUACGAAACUUUUCACUGAUUUCAAUUUCGAUGUUCAUCUUUAUUCUAAUAAAACGGCCGAGGAAAUGGAAGAUAUAAUUCUAAAAGAAGCUGCAGAAAGUACAGCCCGUGAAGAUUGUUUCGUUAUGUUCUUGAUGUCACAUGGGGUUUUAGGGAAUAUUGUUGGAAUUGAUGGUGAGAAAUUACCUUAUUCCUCUAUUAACAAAACACUAAAGAAGAGUGCUCACCUGAAAAACAAACCUAAACUCAUUUAUGUAAAUACUUGUGAAAUUAAUCCUACUGAGAAAGAUAUCAAGAAAUAUUUCAACGUUCCACAUCUAUAUGUUACUUUUGCCACUGUUCCAGAAAACCUAGCUUUCCGAUCUGAUGAAAGCGGUUCUGUUUUCAUCAAAAGUUUACUCACUGUUUAUGAAAGGAACAAAGAAGAAUGUGACAUCUCAUCAUUAUCACUUGAUAUAAAUUCACAAGUUUCUAAGGAAAGCAAUCAGAUUUCUGAGGAUCGGGCUUCAAGUUCUUUUUCUACCUUGAAGAAAAAUGUGAUACUUCGAGCCACAGAUUAA